AUGGCCCAGUACAUCACUGAGGCUGAGCUCCCUGAUAACUAUGAACUCUAUACCAGGCAGAAGUCCCAACAAAUUGUCAAAGACUCCAGCCACCCAGGCCACAGAGCAGUAGUAGAGGUAGUCGCGGUAAUAGUAGCAGUAGUAGUUAUAGAAUUAGCAGUAGUAGCAGCAGUAGUGGUAGCAGCAGCAGGAGUAGUAGUAACAGUAGCAUUAGUAGUAGUUGUAGAAGUAGUUGUUGCAGCAGUAGUAGUAGUAGUAGCAGUAGUAGCAGCUGUAGACGUAGUAAUAGUGGUAGUAGUAGUAGUUGUGGUAGUAUCAGUAGAAGUAAUAGUUGUGGUAGGAGUUGUAGUAGUAGCAGUAGCAGUAGCAGUAGUAGUAGUAGUAGUAGUAGUAGUAGUUUGUAGCACUAGCAGUAGUAGCAGUAGUAGUUGUAGUCGCAGUAGUAGUAAUAGAAUUAGCAGUAGUAGUAGUAGCAGAAGUAGUAGUAGCAGCAGCAGUAGUAGUAGUAACAGUAGCAUUAGUAGUAGUUGUAGAAGUAGUAGUAGUGGCAGUAGUAGUAGUAGUUGUAGUAGUAGUAGUAGUAGCAGUGGUAUUUGUAGUUGUAGUAGCAGUAAUAGUGUUAGCAGUUUUAGUAAUAGUAGCAGUUGUCAUAACAGUAACAGUAGAAGCAUUAGUAGUAGUAGUAGCAGUAGUAGUAGCAGUAGUAGUAGUAGUAGCAGUAUUAGCAAUAGCAGUAGCAGCAGUAGUAGUAGUAGUAGUAGUAGUAGUAGUAGCAGUUGUUGUAGCAAUAGUGGUAGUAGUAGUAGUAGUGGUAGUAGUAUUAGUAGUAGUAGUAGCAGUAGUAGUAGCAGUAGUAGUAGUAAUAGAAUUUGUAGUAAUAGUAGUAGUAGUAGCAGUAGUAAUAGCAGUAGCAGCAGUAGUAGUAGCAGAAGUAGUAGUAGCAGCAGCAGUAGUAGUAGUAACAGUAGCAUUAGUAGUAGUUGUAGAAGUAGUAGUAGUGGCAGUAGUAGUAGUAGUUGUAGAAGUAGUAGUAGUAGUGGCAGUAGUAGUAGUAUUAAUAGUAGUAGCAGCAGUAGUAGUAGUAGUAGCAGUAGUAGUAGUAGUAGUAGUGUUAGCAGCAGUAGUGGCAGCGGUAGUAGUAGUAGUAGUAGCAGAAGUAGUAGUUGCAGUAGUAUUAGUAGUGUAACGGAAGUGAAACGGCUAGCUUAGUUAGCGGUGGUGCUCGCUAAAUAGCGUUUCAAUCGGUGACGUCACUUGCUCUGAGACCUUGAAGUAGUGGUUCCCCUUGCUCUGCAAGGGCCGCGGCUUUUGUGGAGCGAUGGGUAACGAUGCUUCCUGGGUGUCAGUUGUUGAUGUGUGCAGAGGGUCCCUGGUUCGCGCCCGGGUAUGGGCGAGGGGACGGUCUAAAUUUAUACUGUUACAGUAGCAGCAGCAAUAGUAGUAGUAGUAGUAGUAGUAGUAGUAGUAGUAGUAGUAGUAGUAGUAGUAGUAGUAGUAGUAGCAGCAGUAGUAGUAGUAUUAGCAGUAGCAAUAUUAGCAGUAGUAGUUGUAAUAGCAGUUGGAGCAGAAGUAGUGGUGGCAGUGCUAAUAGUGGUAGUAGUAGUAGUGGUAGUCGUAGUAGUAGUCGUAGUAGUAGUAGUAGGUAUAGUGGUAGGUGUAGUGGUAGUCGUAGUAGUAGUAGUAGGUGUAGUAGUAGUAGUAGGUGUAGUGGUAGUCGUAGUAGUAGUAGGUGUAGUAGUAGUAGUAGUAGUCGUAGUAGUAGUAGUAGGUAUAGUGGUAGGUGUAGUGGUAGUCGUAGUAGCAGUAGUAGGUGUAGUAGUAUCAGUAGAAGUAAUAGUUGUGGUAGGAGUUGUAGUAGUAGUAGUAGUUUGUAGCACUAGCAGUAGUAGCAGUAGUAGUUGUAGUCACAGUAGUAGUAAUAGAAUUAGCAGUAGUAGUAGUAGCAGAAGUAGUAGUAGCAGCAGCAGUAGUAGUAGUAACAGUAGCAUUAGUAGUAGUUGUAGAAGUAGUAGUAGUGGCAGUAGUAGUAGUAGUUGUAGAAGUAGUAGUAGUAGUAGUAGUAGUACUAGUAGUAGUAGUAGUCGUAGUAGUAGUAGUAGUAGCAGUGGUAGUUGUAGUUGUAGUAGCAGUAAUAGUGUUAGCAGUUUUAGUAGUAGUAGCAGUUGUCAUAACAGUAACAGUAGCAGCAUUAGUAGUAGUAGUAGCAGUAGUAGUAGCAGUAGUAGUAGUAGUAGCAGUAUUAGCAAUAGCAGUAGCAGCAGUAGUAGUAGUAGUAGUAGUAGUAGUAGCAGUUGUUGUAGCAGUAGUGGUAGUAGUAGUAGUAGUGGUAGUAGUAUUAGUAGUAGUAGUAGCAGUAGUAGUAGUAAUAGAAUUUGUAGUAAUAGUAGUAGUAGUAGCAGUAGUAAUAGCAGUAGCAGAAGUAGUAGUAGUAUUAUUAGUAGUAGUAGCAGUAGUAGUAGUAAUAGCAGUAGUAGUAGCAGUGGUAUUAGUAGUAGCAGUAGUGGUAGUAGUAGUAGCAGUAGUAGUAGUAAUAGCAGUAGCAGAAGUAGUAGUAGUAUUAUUAUUAGUAGUAGCAGUAGUAGUAGCAGUGGUAUUAGUAGUAGCAGUAGUAGUAGUAAUAGCAGUAAUAGUAGCAGUGGUAUUAGUAGUAGCAGUAGUGGUAGUAGUAGCAGUAGUGGCAGUAGCAGCAGUGAAGGAGGAAUGACAACAGUUUAUUUAUUUUCUCUGGUUGACUGGUUCUUAUGGGCAACAUUAUCCUAUCUGUUCCUCUCUCUCUGUGUGAUGGAAAACAAGUGUUAAUUCCUAACUUGUUUAAAUUCCUUUGUCUUUUCUGUCUCUAAAUGCCGUCCUUUCCUAGCAGCACUGUAUGUAUAAAUGUACCUGGCAAAUAAUGGUGAUUCGAAUUCUGAAAGAGACCCAUGGAACACUUCUUAGCACCCUUCAAGGCACUCUUAUUAAAGUGCCUUUAUUGCUGUACCAUGUUCAAUGGAACAGCGUUUACAAGUCUGACAAGUUUCGGCAUAGCCUUCGUCAGGGAGUGAUGUUGUUAGUUUGUGUCUGUGCCCUAUUGGCCCCACAGGAAAACCACAGAACCAAGAGCUGCUUUCACCGUUUCCUCAGACAUGUGACAGGAAGCAGUCGUCUGUCCGUUUAUAUCCCACCGUAAACAGUUACCACUUGAAACACAACCAACAUGACUCUGACACGUUGAAGGCAAAAGAGUGAGUUGGAAUACUCAGUUCUUUCAUAUUAUGUAUUUGGGAUGUGAUUAUGUACACCAUAUAUACAAAAGUAUGUGGACAACCCUUAAAAUGAGUGGAUUUGGCUAUUUCAGCCAGACCCAUUGCUGACAGGUGUAUAAAAUGUUGUUCACACCAUGCAAUCUCCAUAGACAAACAUUUUCAGUAGAAUGGCCUUACUGAAGUGCUCAGUGACUUUCAAUGUGGCACAGUCAUAGGAUGCCACCUUUCCAACAAGUGAGUUUGUCAAAUUUCUGCUGUUAUAGCUGCCCCAGUUUGGUGGAUGCCAGGAGAAUGCCACAAGCCCAAAUGCAUAGUGCCAACUGUAAUGUUUGGUGGAGGUGUAACGGUCUGUGGCUGUUUUUCGUGGUUCAAUCUAGGCCCCUUAGUUCCAGUGAAGGGAAAUCUUAACACUACAACAUACCAUGACAUUCUAGAUGAUUCUGUGCAUCCAACUUUGUGGUAACCGUUUGGGGAAGGCCCUUUCCUGUUUCAGCAUGACAAUGCCCCGUGCACAAAGCGAGGUCCAUACAGAAAUUGUUUGUCGAGAUCAGUGUGGAAGAACUUGACUGGCCUGCACAGAGACCUGACCUCAACCCCAUCGAACACCUUUGGAAUGAAUUGGAACGCCGACUGCGAGCCAGGCCUAAUCGCUCCAACAUCAGUGCCCGACCUCACUAAUGCUCUUGUGGCUGAAUGCAAGUAAACCCAUGCAGACCAACUCUAUGUUAAUGCCCAUGAUUUUGGAAUGAGCAGGUGUCCACAUACUUUUGGUCAUGUUGUGUAGCUGUUAAGGGAGGACAAUAGAGUUGUAUUAUGUGUGUUUGGGAUUAUUAUUAUUUAAACAUGAGGUAAUAGAUUGCUGUAAUUAUAUUGAAGUUUACAUUUUGAGCAGAUUAAUAGCUACAUUACUUUUUUCCCCUUCUAAUCAAUGUCAAAUGAAAUGACACAGUCCAUUGGGCUAAAAAAAAAAAAAAUUCUAAUCAUCAAUGUCAAAUUAAAUGACACUGAGUCCAUUAGGCUAAUAAUAGUUCUCAAUUAUGUCCCUGGUUAUGUCCUAGAAAUGAUAACCCAUAAGAGAAGGCAGUCGUUGUGGUGUUGGCCAAAUGGCACUGCUCGUAUAUAUUUGUAUUGGUGUGUUUCACUGUAUUUGGUGUUAAAAUAAUUGUUUAUCGGAAGGAAAGGAUUCACUCAGGUAAAUUUAUUAAAUGCAAUAUAAUUUACCAGAUCUUGAAGUCUUUAUGGCAUGAAUAAUUUACAAUGAUGUACAGUUCAAACAGCUCAAUAAAA